AUGUACGUCCUCUGCAUGCACGACAGCAACAAGAUCAUCCACGUCAGCACUGUACUCGCAGACAAGGAGAACGCGACGAACUACAAGUUCCUGCUCCAGCAGACCUGCCGGAACGAGCACAUGCAUCGCCGCUUUCGUCCGGCGAGGUGACGUUGUUUAUCGACGGUCACAAAGGAUCACCGGCGGCCCUCAGGGCGGUUCUACCGCAAGCGCCAUGGCGUGCGUGCGUGAAGCACCUCAUCACCAACAAAAACAUGAAGGCAAU